AUGUUUAAAAUAUUUAAUGAUGUUCCAGUGCCAUAUGGAUUAUAUUUCCAAGAUUCGGCAACUCCUACUUUCGAUGGUAUAAUCGAAUUACAUGAUAUUGUUAUGUUCUAUAUAGUAGUAACAAUUGUAUUAGUAUCAUACUUAUUAUUUGUUAUAAUUAAAAAUUUCAGUAAUGAUCAUAUUAGUUAUAAAUAUUUAACACACGGUACAACUUUAGAAAUAGUUUGAACUAUAUUCCCAGUUGUUAUCUUAUUAUUUAUAGCAUUCCCUUCAUUUAUCUUAUUAUACUUAUGUGAUGAAGUUAUUGACCCAGCUAUGACUAUUAAAGCUAUAGCUUCUCAAUGAUAUUGAACAUAUGAAUAUAGUGAUUUCAUUGGUGAAACUGGUGAAAUAGUACAAUUCGAUUCGUAUAUCGUACCUACAGAUAUGUUAGAGAAUGGUCAAUUAAGAAUGUUAGAUGUAGAUGCUAGAAUAGUAGUACCUACAAAUACACAUUUAAGAUUUAUCGUGACAUCUAGAGAUGUUAUACACGAUUUUGCAUUACCUAGUUUAGGUAUUAAAUGUGAUGCAACUCCUGGUAGAUUAAAUCAAGUAUCAGCUUUAUUACAAAGAGAGUCAGUAUACUAUGGACAAUGUUCAGAAUUAUGUGGUGUAUUACAUAGUAGUAUGCCUAUUGCAUUAGAAGCUGUAUCUAUAGAUAAAUUCUUAUCAUGAUUAGACGAGCAAUAA